ACUAGAUUACAUACAAUAAAACUGCAAACUGAAAGAGUUACUAACAGUGGAGCUGCUCAGCCAUAUACAGAUUGUUUACUUUGAAUCAUUUGAUUAAUAUGGGACAAUCUGCACCCGCGCCCAGGCUGCCACCUCCACCUCCACCUCCAGAGUUUGAUAGACCAUGGAGGAAUAUGCAUUGGGGUAAUAAAGAUGAACUUGAAAAGAAACUGAGGAACUUCAACAUCAACCAGUCAAGUGUUCAGUUUAUCAGAAUUCUGCUUGUUGGUGAUGUUGGUGCAGGAAAAUCCAGCUUUAUAAAUUCAGUCAAUAAUGCUUUUCAAGGAAGAAUCACCUCACUUUCUCUUGCUGGUGCAACUGGGGGAACGAGUUUCACAAAAAAAUACAAAACCUGUCCCAUUGAAGGAAAAGAUGGGUCACCUCUGCCUUUCGUUUUCAAUGAUGUUAUGGGACUGGAAACAGGUGAUGCUGGCACAUUCACAGGACAUUAUCAAUGCUUUAAGGGGCUUCCUCCAGGAAGGAUACGAUUUUGAGAACAAAUCAACAGAGUGUAUGAACAGCCCUGGCUACAGAAGCAACCCAAGUCUUGACGAUCAAAUCUACUGCCUUGUGAACAUCAUGGCAGCAAACACUGUAACACAAAUGUCAUCGGAGGUCAUUAGGAAGAUGAGAAGUAUACGGGAGGCAGCUGCAAGAUUGGACAUUCCUCAAGCAAUAAUCAUGACAAAACCAGAUUUAGCAUGCCCACUGGUUCAUGGUGACUUAAGGAAGAUAUACACCAGCAAGAAGAUCAAAGAAAAGAUGGAAGUGUGUAGGAAUCUGGUUGGUGUUCCAAUGAAUCACAUUUUCCCAGUGAAAAACUACCAUGAGGAGAUGGACACAAAUAAUGACAUGGAUGCUCUGAUUCUCAAGGCACUUGAUCAAAUUGUGAACAUUGCCUACGAUGCAAUGAAGAAAAAAGCUCCUAAUUCCCAUGAUGAAUCUUAAUAACUCAAGAUUCCAAAACCUCAAUGACAAUAUUACAACACUGAGUUUAGGAUUAGGUACAGUAUAUAUAAGUGGAAAAAAAUUUACCAAUGUUGCAUUGCUACAUUAAGUAUAAUGUAAAAUUAAAGUAUUUAUCAGGUUUGUGAUAUUAUGAAUAAUUCCAUGCAAAUAAACACCUUACAGUUUACAUGUUUUACUCCAUUUGUCUGCGGUUCUCCAUGUUUUAAGAAAAUUGCCAUCUUUAUCCACCAUGUAUGAGAUGUAAACCGAUAAUAAAGACAUUUUCAAUCAUA